CCCGUGCCCAUACUGCGCUGAAGCAUACUGUGCACCUUCUGAGGAACUUCUUAUGACUCAUAUACGAAUAGUCCAUGCAAGUGAUCCGAAUUUUUGGAUUCAAUGCAUGUGAUGUUAUUGCAAGAAUUCCAGCUGUACACUACCUCUGUGGAACUCAACCGCUGCUCCUCCAUCUACUUCAUUUUUUAGGUGUGGAUAUAAUUUUGUAUGUAUGAUUGUACAUGUUUACAUAGCAGGUUGUACAUACUUCUGGUGUUUUCUUGCCAAGCUUCAUUGUGUGAACACAUUAUUCUGUCAUUUGUGAGUGCGCGC